UUGGAAUUCCCGUAUCGGGCACUUGUUAAUUUGCUGUCGACAACAAAGCAGGUGCUGCAGAAAUUAGUUAAAUUAUUCAAACGAAAAGAUGCCAAACAAAAGAAAUGCCAGGGGAUCGCCAUCAAGGGCCAUUGGAAAGAAGAGGAGGACGACCAGCGGGAAAGAAGGACAGUGAGUGCGGAACGAAGAAAUCACUCAAAAGAAGGACGGAGUUGGACGGAAAAGAAUGGUCAGGAAAACACAGGAGGUUGGCCACGUGGAGACACAAGGACCAGAAGAAAAUGCUGAAAUAUCAUCAGGUAAUGAGUCGGAGGAGGAUGCACGGGCAUUCCCCUCUUUUAGGCACGACCCGUCACACAAAAAUUUUUAAAUGGCAAAUAAUUCCAUUGAUUUCACUCCGACACAAGAGUCUCGCAUUCAUGACACAGUAGGGGAACACGUGCCUUUUAAAAUUAAGGAAAAGAUUUGGGAGGGAAAGUUUAUAGAGCUUCAUUAUCUUUUGAGAACGCAAAAAGAAAUGGAGGAGACGCCAAGUGAUGGCAUAACCGGUGAGCUAAAAAGGGGGAAAAUUUGCAUUGAAAAAAGAUCGUCGGGUGUUUAUUUGUCCAUAAAUGAAUGGACUUCAGCAUUCAUGGUUUUUAUGAGUGUCUACAUUGAGAAAUACAGGACACGGGCACAGGAAUUGUUAAAAUAUAUGCGCGAUAUAAGAUUAGCGGCAACGAGGUCAGAAAACUGGGCCACCUAUGACGAGCAAUUUAGGCUAAAAAUAGAAAAGAAUCCAAAUUUAUCUUGGGGAAACAUACACGGUGAAUAUUGGCUAUUACACAUCACAUCUCCAACAGUACAAACCAAUGUGUCAGUGCAAUCACAGGGUUAUAGAACAAAUACACAAAAUUGUGGUCAUUAA